UGUGGCGGAUGUUUGAAUGAUCAGGAUGCAACUGAAACGCGUCGGUAUCUGUUUUAUUAAAAAUCUCUGAUCUGUAAUAAUAAUUAAUCUGUAAUAUUGAACCCUGAACUCGUCAUGCCAACGAGCAGCAGACAGAAGAAGAAGAAGGGGGGGGACGUGGCGGUGCAGGGAACCAACGACAGCAGUGUGGUGAGCAAGGUGUCGGCUGCAGCUCGGGGCUUCUUCCAUGAUGACUUCCUCCAGCUCUUUGUGUGCAAGGAGGCCAGAAGGUCACCGCUCAUCAACAGGGGCUACUAUGUGCGCUGGAGAGCUGUGGACCACUGUGUGAGGAGGUUUCUACACGUUACUGAAAACUGCCCUAAGAGACAGAUUCUGUCGCUGGGCGCAGGUUUCGACUCGUUGUACUUUCGCCUGCGGGCGGAUGAAGCUCUCACCGGGGUCGUGGUGUUCGAGGUGGAUUUCCCUGACGUGGCUCGACGUAAGACUGCUCUCAUCUCCUCUAAUAUCACACUGAGGGGGAUGUUAGACCCACAUUUACCUGCACCUACAGGAGCUGUGCACGUGUGCAGUGGUCAGUACCGUCUGUUGGGGUUGGAUGUCAGAGAGGAGUCCCGGGUGAAGGAGGCUCUGGAGGCAGCUGGGUUGGACUGGGCUGCUCCCACUCUGAUUCUGUCUGAAGUGGUUCUCACCUACAUGGAAACUCAAUGGUCAGAUGUUGUCAUCAGUUGGGCGGCAAAGCUCCUGCCUCAGUCCCUCUUUGUGAUGUAUGAGCAGAUCCGUCCACAUGAUCCCUUCGGUUCAAUCAUGCAAGAUCAUUUCCACAAACUGAAUUCAACGCUGCACGCCCUUCGACAGUACCCAGACGCCGCCGCUCAGAGACGCCGGUUCCUGGACAAGGGCUGGGAUCAGUGUGUGUGUCUUGAUAUGAACGACUUCUACCUGUGGCUGGUUCCUGAGGACGAGAGGCGCAGGGUGGAGGUCCUGGAGCCUUUUGAUGAAUAUGAGGAGUGGCACCAGAAAUGUUCCCACUACUUCAUCCUCACUGCCUCUCGGGGCUCUGGUAUGACUCAGGCUUUACUCACACAUCCUCCAGUGUCUCCAGUGUCGUCUGUUAACCCAUCUUUGAGCCCUGUGGCCCUGAGUGUGAAGCCUGAUCCUGCUUGUGUGGAGGGUUUGGGGAUGGCCUCCACCUCGGUGAGCCCAGGACGCCUCCUGCUGACAGGAGGCUCCAGCCGGGGGGGCAGGGGGGCUGUGAGUCGAGUCCUCCUCCGAGGGCAGGAAGGGUGGAGGUCCGUCACCGUGGAGCCGUCACUAGACUUUGGCGCCCGACUGUACCACACGGUCACUUCCUGUCCCGGAGGAGGUGCGGUGGUGUACGGAGGUCGCUCCUCUCCUCUCAGUCCAGCCAGGGGCCUUUUUAAAGUAGUGCUGGACCCUGCUGGUCCCCCUGCCCCUCUGGACCGAGUGAAACUCUGUGUAGAGGAGAUGCUCUGUACGGGGGAUCCACCUCCGCCCAGAUGGAGGCACACUGCUGCCAUCGUCAGUCACAAAGGCAAAGACUUUCUGUUUGUUUAUGGAGGAAAGAAUGAAUCUGAGGCUGUUCUGGGCGACGCCCACUUCCUGUGUCUGGACCAGCAGCACUGGACUGAGAUCCCAGUGGAGGGGGCGGCACCAGAGCCACACCACUCCCACUCUGCAUGUUCAUAUCAGGGAGGUGUGGUGAUGUUCGGGGGUCUGGACCGGAGGGGGGUUCCUCUGGGGGACACCAUUGUUCUCAGGCCCAGUGACAGAGGCUUCUCCUGGGAGAGAAUAGAGCUGCAGCCCCCCCCGGUCCCCAGGUACUCUCAUUCUGCCCACGUGAUUGGACAGAAGCUAGUUGUGGUGGGCGGGGUCUGGAUGCAUUCCGAUGGCGUACCGGGUGUUGUCAUGAUCGACCUGGCCACACGGAGCAGCGUGGAGUUCAGCCUGGACACGAGCCGGGUGCCGUGGCCUCUGAUGCUUCACUCCUUCUGCUGCGAGCUGACGGACUCAGAAGAACCAGAGCUGCUCCUGAUUGGUGGAGGAGGAAACUGCUUCUCCUUCGGGACUCAUUUCAACCCCCGGCCGGUCUCUGUGAACCUCAGGCCCGUCCUGGGAUGAAGCUUUUCUAGAAUCAGUUUGAAAACUCUGGACCGAGCACAAGUCCACUCAUUUGGUCUGAACACUUUGUGUAAAUGAGGUCGUUUGGAGCUGAAUUUGAACAUCGGGGCUAACAGACACUUGGAUGACAUCACAGUUUGAAGACUUUUGUGUCUUGUGGUUUUGUGGACUCAAACACUUCACCCCCCCCCCCCCCCCCCCUCCACCACAGGGGUGAGCAGAUAAUGAGUUUUCAGUGAAAGAUCCCUUUGAGGACACAUCACGUCUAAAAGAUAUCACUCCACAGAAAUGUCUCCAGAGGUUUUGCUGGACAGGUUUUUAUUUGCGAGACCUCAGAAUGGAUUACAUGAGAUUGUUUUUUUUUCUUUUCGAUGGAGGGUAAAUCAUUCAGUGAAGCGCCUGAAGGACAGGACCGUGGGGCUGCUGGCCCCCCAGUCGCCAGGUUUGCAGUACUCUCCCUUCUCCAGGAAGUACUGGCGUCCGCGGUAGUUGGGAUGCUCGUAGAAAACCCACCAGCCGUCGAAGACCUUGCAGGAGUUGACCUCCCUCCAGCGGAACUUCUCCAGGAGGGAGGGACAGUCCUCUGUGGCCUCGAAGGCCUGGCCCCCGAAGUCUGCCCUCUCAUAGAGCUGCAUCUUGUACAGGGUCCCACUGGUCUGGAGGGGGGGGGGGGCGUUAGUGCAUGGGGUUGGGAUAGAAUGGGAACGGAAUGGGGGGUGAGAGAAAAGGGGAAGGGGGGAUAUAUAGGGAGAUGAGAUAUUCCAUCUAACAAAAAUGAAUUAUGUUGAGCACUUUAUUUUAACCUCCUCUAGUUUAGACAUUUAGAAACUUGAUGAAUAGUUUCUAACACACAAAUUAAAGCUGCAAGACGCAUCCUCGCCACUAGAUGUCACUAAAUGCAACACACUGAACCUUUAGCGCUACACUACAAAACCCUGACUGGUCUUUACACAGGUUUUAAAGUCUGUGCAUCAAUUAUCCCAUCCCUCAGUGUUUACUUCUUUUUAAACACACAACAUUGUAGAAACGACUCAACACUGCUCAUGGACUCAGCUCGUACUCACUACAUUGAUUGUUUUGUGUGAACGUGGUGUUGCUGAAUCUGCCUCAGGCUGUGGGUCGGUUGGACCGGAGCCGGAACGUAAAGACUGACCCCUGGUCUCCAUUGACAAAGCCCUGCAGCCACUGCUAGCAUCAUAGCCUCAUGCUCAUCUGCUGGGUUUCACUUUGCCCCUGUGACUCAGUGAAGCUCCUAACAGUUCAUCACCUGCUCAGCUGAGUAGAGUUAGAGCAGGUGGCUGACUUACAAAGUGGAUCAUCUUGCAGGAGCUGAGUCGGUCGUUGAGUCCCGUCCAGCGCUGGUACUCCGGGUACUCCCCCCUGGUCAGAACGUACUGGUAGCCCAUGUAGUUGGGCCUCUCGUACACCACCCAGGCCCCAGUCUCCACCCGGAUGGAGUUGCAGCGGCUCAGGUAGGCGUGGAAGUCUGAGCAGUCGCUGUCGCACUCAUAGCGUCGGCCCUGGAAGUUCUUGUCCUCGUAGAAGAUGAUCUGUGGAACAACAACUCAGGUUUGAGACCCUGCAGCUUUAAAACCCAUCGACAGAGACAGUCGACAGCAGUUUGGACACGUGCACGGCUUCAACGUAAACCCACUGUCUUAUCUAACGCCUCAGUGUGCACCUGAGUGUGGAGGCUCCCCCCCGCUCUGUCUCCACUCACCCUGCCCAUCUUGAUGUGUUGCGUGGGGAAGCCUCGGUGAUGUCCAGCGCUGGUGGUGGUGGUUCCCCUGCGGCCUCGAUGUGGCUCUGGCCCCCCGCCGCUCCCUUUUAUACGCCCCGCUUUCCCCUCGUUUAUAAACAGCAGCCGUGGAGGCAAGAGGGGAACAAUCGCUUUGUCAUGAAAAUGAGAUCCAAAAAUUGAGUCAGUGAUUCUAGUGCUAUUCAGUUUUUCCAGAAAAGCGAGGAAGGAUUACGGCAUAAUGCCCGGGCCCGGUAAGCAUCCAUUGACCCCACUUCUGUACUGGCUGCAUCCAGUGCCCCCACCCCGUCCCACCACACCCCCGCCGUGUCAACACAUGCCAGCUCCACCAGCUUGCCCCCACCUGGCGAGGACCUGCCAACUCAUGACUUAUUGCUGCCUUAUGAAAGGCUGCGGUCGGAUUCUGUGGAGGAAGACGUGCUCAGAUGCUUUAAGAAGAAACUGAAAUACUACUCUAGAUAAUACUCCAAUUAAUAGUAGUAUUGAAGUACUCUUGCAGAAAAAUGACACUAUAUGUAGUUGAUUCUUGUAAAUUGCACAAUUAUUGCAAAUAAAUCAAAUUACGAUAUGGGAAUUCUACGAUAACUAAAUUACUCUGUAUUUGUUAAUUGCUAUAUAUGGUAUUUGCAGUAUUUAUUUAUUCAUUGUGCAACAAAUUUCUAUUAUUUUAUGCAUAAUAUUCAUCAUUGGGUUGUUUAUAAUGAUGCAAAAUAGUUUAUAAAUGAUUAUACACCUAGUGGCCACUUUAUUAGGUACACCUCACCCUAAUGCUAGAAGCUCAAGUGCUGUGUGGCAGUUAAAGUACUUGUAACUAGUUGUUCUAUAACAGGGUUAUGGUUAGUUACCUCAAUCAAUUUCUCAUUAUAUAAAAUCUAAAGUAAAAGACAGAAUGAAAUCAAUAAGCAGGAAGUCACCAUGAUUCAGUCAAAACCUUUAUUUGUCAUUUUGUAAACUGCGUUGUGUUCUCCGCACAGUGACGGUGAAGCACUCAGUUAUUCUAUGUAAGGCAUUUUACAGUGUUACCACUUUCAUCUAGAAAAUGACGACACGUCCCAGCAAUUUGAAUUUUACAGUAGUUCAAUAUUUUACAGUGCAUAUUUUUUACCAAGUCCACCUUCAUCCACCGGUCACGUGUCCCAUUGUGUAAGAACUAGGUUGAGCAUGAUGAUGAUGAGCGAGGCAGGUUUUGUAAAGCGAAGAAAGGAUAGAUUUAUGAAAAAUAAUCUUAUUCUGAUGCCAAAAUAUACACAACAAUACCUGUGAUUUCAUCCAAAAAUAAACAUACACUUAGGAUUAGUGGCACAUCUGGUGACUGUUGAGUUUCGCUUCACUUGGCAAACAGGAGCCAACUCUUCUAUUUGUGUUUAGACAAAGAACUGAGAGGAAAAGUCACCGAGCAGAAACCAGCUGUCAGGAAGCUGCACGUUCUUAUCGUGCACAAACCACAGCCAUUGACGUGAAUACCUGGGGUGUGGCCCAAAAAUAAUAAAAACCUAAACACAACAUGCUACAGACACUGUUGAGCUACCCUCUACUGUCCGGACGGUUCAGCUACACAAAAUAAAUUAUGUUAAUAUUCCUUCGUUAAUCCUCUUUUCUAACAACACAGAAAAAUACUCUGUCCUGAGUUAAGAACUGAAGGUUCACUAACGUCCUCGACUCCAAAAGUGCUGA